CCGCGCAACAAAGACGGGAAAUUUGAGGGGCAGAUCGAAACGGCUCACUAGAUUUUCCUGUUGUUCGUUUGGACGACACAGAAUCGGCUCAAAUCAGGAUUACCGGCACCGCUGAAAAGGAUUCUGCAACCUAGCUGUUGAGGUCGUGCCAGCCAAGUUGGCCGCGCGAGCGCUGGGCAAAGCGGCCGGCCGGCCGGGGACGUUGCUCGCCGCUCGAGAGCCUGUGUCCGCUUCACGCGCUUCCGGCACUGUGUCUGAAGCAUAUUGCUGUUUGCUGCGCGCAUAAUUCAUGCACGAGAGCUUCCAACGAGGGGAGUCUCUCUAAUUUUGGGGCAUGUACGGAAAGAUAUAUCGACGAUUUGGCAGUAUCCGAUGGACUCUGGUAAAAUUUUCUGCGCAGCCCUCGGGUCCCAAUGAUUCAAGCGCCCACACAAAUUAUUGCUUCUAGUCGUUACCUUACAUGCAAUCCUGGCUGACGGCACUACGGAGAGCGCAGUCGACAUCCCGGCAGAGGUCGCCGGCCCAAGCGGGCCCGGCCGGCACAAGAAUAGCAGUAUGCAAGCUCACGGCCCACAGGGCCAUGCGGGAACACAGGCUCUGGGGCUUCCGGAGCCCUCCAAGCUGAGGAUUCUGGUCGUGGACAGUAAGGCCGUCUCGCGCCAGACCACCACACAGCUGCUGAGGGAGUGUGCUUACCAGGUUACCGCAGUCAAAACUGCGAGGGAAGGGCUUCAGAAGCUUAUAGAGGCAGAGCAUGGCGCAAAUUUCGACCUGGUGCUCAAAGAACACGAGCCGCCCUCAGCAAAUGCGUGUCGACUCCUCAAGCGAAUGGCCAAGACGGAGGGCCUCACGCGCACGCCCGUUGUGGUAACCUCGAGCCAGGAUGAGCGGGAAACGGUCAUGUCCUGCCUCUCCCUGGGAGCCAUUGACUACCUGAUUAAACCCCUCCGGCAAAACGAGCUGCGGCACAUAUGGACGCGCGUGUGGUGGUGGCGCAAGAGCCAGGGCUCAGGCCCGCACGGCGCCGGGCCUCCGCCCAUCGCCGCGGCUCACGGCACUCGCCACUACGGUGCCUUUCGCGGCCCCAGCAGCGCCAACCGCCAGUACGACCAGGCCACUAGCAGCGACUCCAAACAGACCAAGUGUCAGGAGGAGGAGGAGCCCACCUCGAAAGAGGGGUCCGCGCCCGACAAUGGCAACGGCCACGGCAGCAAGGGCAACGGAAGCAACGGAAGCAAGGAGGGCAAUGGCACCAGCCGUGUCGACGCCAAGCCCCACUGCGACAUCAAGGACACGGGACACGGAUCCAACGGCAACGGCCACGGAUCCAACAACGGGAACGGCCACGGAUCCAACGGAAAUGGAUCCAAUGGCUCAUCCGACAACAAGAACGGCGGCAACGGCAACUCUGCAACCAAGGGCGAUGGCAACGGCAACGGCUCCAACGGGAACGGAGCCAGCACCACCCUCGCUGUUGACCGCCACUACCAGGCCCUGGUCAACACCGCAGAGGGCAAGAUGCCGCCCAACCUCCUCCUGGGCGGCAGCGGCAGCGGACAUGACGGCCUGCCGGGGUCUGCAGCCAAGGGCGGCACCAUCGGCCGCUCAUCCGCCUUCGCCCAGUACACGGGGCCCAGCUCAUCAUCACGAAAGCGAGCCGCCACGUCGGAGGCAGUGCCGCCCGGCGCCCGCGAUCGGCCCGAUACAAUGCUCACCGACCGCGACCGGGAGCGGGACCGGGACCGCGAUCUUAUUGGUGUAAGUGGAGGCGGCGGCGGCAGCGGCAGCGGCCGCCACGGCGAUCGUGCUGAUCGCGACGCGCUGAUGCGUGAUGAGCGCGCGAGGGAGCGGGAAGACAAUACGGGAGGCACCGGUGGCGUGAGCGGCAUGCCCGCAGCGGCGGAGGGCACUGCAACCGGCGGCGGCGGCACGGGCGGCGGCAGUGCCGGCGGCGUGCGCGGCGGCAGCGGCGACGGCGGCCGCCGGUCCAAGGGCUCAACGCAGCGCGACCGUGCUAUGGCCUCGUUACGCGCCUCUGGCGGCAGUGGUGUGCACACGCCUUCCGACGGCGCCGGCGCCGCCGGGCUGCUCAGUGGCGGCGGCGGCAAUGGCGGCAACGGCAACAACGGCUCCUCCUACAACAACAAGCAGCCCACCGGCAGCAGCGAGCGGCCGGGCUCGCAGGGCGUCUCCCCCAGCCACUACGCCUCGCUGCACACACACGGCGGUGGAGGCGGCGGGCCCUCGAGCGGCGGAACCGGCAGCGGCGGCGGAGCCGCUGCAGCAGCAGCUCCCUCAGCUGCACUGGGCCACCCACCCCAGGGCGGACUGUCGGCCGCGGCGUGGUUAGGCCCCAGCGUAUCAGCUGGCGCCGCGGCGGCGCCGCACCCGCACACGCCGCACAGCCACCUGGUGGGCUCGGCGCCGGGCGUGCCGCCGCCGGGGCUGCCGGCGGGCUUCCAGAACAUGUUCACCGCACCAUUCGGCCUGCCGCACGGUCACGUGCUCUCACGCAUGGCCCACCCCGGCCUGCGCUUCGGCCCCGGAGCCGGCAACGGCCACGGCGGCAACCCGCAGGCCGCCGGCGCGCCGCUCGACCCCGCGACGCAAUUGCAGUCCAUGUUUCACUUCCCGUCGGCUGAGAUGGUGGCCCUGGCGGCGGCGGCGAGCGAGGCUCAUGCCCACGCAGCUGCUCGUAGCCACGGCCACGGCCCGCACGGGCCAGGUGCCCACGGGCUGCUGCUGGGCCCGCUUCCCGGCGGCCCCGGCGGCGGCGCGGAGGGCCCCGGUAACGGCGGCCCUGCCGGCGGCGGCGGUGGUGGCAACGGCGGGCUGGCCGGUGUGCCGCCGCCGCCCACCAGUGGCGCCACCAACAUCAACGCCAUGAUCUUGAACCAGUUGCUCGCCAACGGCGUCACGCUGCAAGCCUUCCUGGGACCACAGGCGGGACCCCUGGGCAUUCACCAUGCCGCAGCUGCAGCCGGCUCCCGGGGAGGAGCGCAGCAUCCAGCAACUAGCGGCCUGCCCCCGCACCAGCAGCAGCAGGCCGCUGCGGCGGCAGUUGCUGCCGCGGCUGCAGCCUGGCGGCCGCCGCCGUUCAACCCCGCUGCCACCAUGGCCGCGGCAGCUGCUGCCGCAGCUGGCGUGAUGCCCUUCCCCGUGGGCCCGCCGCAACCCGGCGGCGGCCCGCCGCUGCCGCCUGAUGCCAGCGCGGCAGCGGCGCUCAUCUUGGGGCAGCAAGGUCUGCAGCCGGCAAUGCUCGGCGGCACGCGACCGACAGCGCCCGGCAUGCCAGAGCCCAAGCGCCGUCGUGCGCUUGCGCUGGACAAAUAUCGCAAGAAGCGGAAGAAUCUUCGCUUCUCCAAGACCAUUCGCUACGAGUCUCGCAAGCAGCUGGCUCAGCAGCGGCCCCGCGUGCGUGGCCAGUUCAUUAAGCACGGUGACGGCGACGGCGGUGGUGCCGGUGGGGGCCUGGAGGGCGCUGGCGGCAGCGGCCUGAUGCUGGUAGACGACGGUGCUGCCACCGCCAGCAACGGCGCCAAGAGCGGCACCGGCGGCGCGGGCGGUGUGGGCGGACUGGAGGACGCCGGCGCCGAGGAUGAGGUGCAGACCAACAGCCGCGGCUAUUACGAGGAGGAGGACUACGAUGCGGAGGAGGCGGAGGACGAGACGGAGGCGGAGCCGGAUGACAUGGACGCCGCACAGCCCGCCUCGCAGCACGCGCAGCCGCAGCAGACCAACGACACUCCAGAUGACAUGGAUGUAGACACCGCGGCAGGGCUUGGCGGCGCCGCCGCCGCGGCCGCCGAUGGCACGGCUGCUGGCGGCGCCGCGGCCGCUGCCGCCGGCGCUGACGGCGUCGCCCGGCUGGCAGGCUCCGCCGUUGGCGGCGGCUCUGGCGGCAGUGAGGGCCAGCCGUCGUCGGGACCUGACGGCGGCAUGGCCGCUGCCGUUGGUGCCGCGGAUGCUGGCCAGGGCAGCGGCGCGGCGGCGGGAGACGGCAGUGGCGGCAGCCGUGCCGCGGGCGGUGCCGGCAGCGGCGUCAGCGGCGCCGACGAGGAGGUGGAGGCCGUGGUGGUGCGGAGUCUGGUCGGCCUGCGGGAGGCAGCCAUUGCCGCACGGAGCCGGCCGCUGGGCAGCAUGGACGCCGCGCCGCUCCUGCAGGAAGCAAAGGCCUCCCGCUCCGUUGGCAGCCAGGGCUCGCUGUCACGUGACCGAGGCUACAGCCGCGGCCACUCCCGUGGCCACUCCCGCGGCCACUCCCACGGCCACUCGCACAGCCAGCAACAGCAGCAGCAGGUGGUGGCGCAGCAGCAGACAGGCGGUCUGGGCGCUGCCGGCGGCCCGACAUCGCAGGGCAUCAGUCACGGCAGGAACAUCAUCAUGCCCCAGCCCACUGGCGCACCGAGCCUGUCGGCGCACUUGCAGUCACAGCUGCUACAGGCGGCGGCGCCUGCCGCCCCGUCUGCCCACUCGUCGCCCACCAACUCCCAGGCCGCACUGGCGGCUGUCACAGGCCAGGCACCGUCGUCAGCUCCGCAGCAGGCCCAGAUGCUCGUGGCCUCAGCCGCCGCCGCGGGCGGUGUCGCAGGCUCUGUCGGCGGUGGCCUACAGGCUCCCGGCGCCGGUCUGCAGCACCCCCCCGGAAGCCUGGGCUGCGGCCUGGCCGGUGCGACCCCAAGCGGGCUGCGCGGCAGCAGUGGCAGUGGCGGCGGCGGCCACAGCCAUGGCGCAGCAGCUGGCGGCGCCACCAAUGAUUCGGCGCUGCAGCCGGGCUCACUGCAGCAACAGCAGCAGCCGGGGGGCCUGGCGGCCGGCGGUGCCGCGGCUGCGGCGCAGGCAGCGCGCGAGCCGCCGCAUAGCCGCGAGGGGCGCGGCGAGCAUCGCGGCGAGACUGGUGCGGUUGGACGCGACCGGGACCGCGAGCCCGGCGGCAUGGCGAUGGCUGCCGGCGGCAAGAACGGCAGUGACAGCGGCAGCAACUCCCCGGACGAGAACGGCGGUGGUGGUGGCAGUGGCGGCGGUGGCGGCGGCGGCCGAGUGAACAAAGGCGGCGCCGACAAGGCCGGCCAUGUGGGACACAAGAGCGGUAGCACGCACGGCCACGGCCACAGGUGAUGUGACCCCCGGGUUCUGCAAGUACAGCGGAAGUACGACGUGUGACAUGGCGUGGGCACGGGUGGAAGGUGGUGAGGUGGGAGUGGGUUGCUGUGGUGGUUGAAGGGUACUUAUGGUGAGACAGCUCACUAGGUGGUGACAUGAGCACAGCGCAUGCGUUUGCAUGUGGAUGAGACGGGUUGACACUCUCUGUUAAUUAUUGGCACCUAUGCGUGCGCCAGUGAGGUAUGCGUGAAGCGCCCAGAGAGGAGGUUGGCGCUGUGUGUGAUCUGCUCUUGCGCUGUUCCACAAUAUAAUACCGUUGGCAAGCGCAAGGGCCUAGGUUACCAACGUGCAGGCGACGACGACGACGACACAAUAUUAAGGCGCAGCAUCGCUAACGGCAAUGACAAUUGGAGGCUGGACUUUUAUGGUGUCGAGUCCGCAAGGCUGACAUUUAUUGCUGUGUGCUACGUCACGUGACGUGGUUUCUACGCACCAUCAGAUUGACGGGCGUGCUGAAACACGCCAUGCGGCCGGUGUCCCAUGUGGCCAAACACCACACACGGUGUUGCGCUGACUGAUGGCGAGUGCCUGUGGACUUGGACAUAAACAUCUAAAUGUCCACUUGCUCUGAAGAAAGGUGAAAGGUUCGAUUUUGUGGCGUGAGAGCCGCCUCACCCCGGUUCGCGCACAUGCUUGAGUGAUGUGCCGCAGCAGGUGUUUGGCUUGUGCGUUGUUAUUCUAUGGUGAUGGAGCAGGGGCGGGGGCGACCGGCUGCUGCCCUGACAAGGCCCCAGGGCAACAAGGAUUGCCGGUUGCUAGGGUCCACGGAGCGUGCCGCUGCCUCAGACCCACUGAACCCAACAGUCAAUGCUCCGUAAGCUUGCCGGGGGUAAUCCCGUGGCUGCGGAGCAACUGUGUGCGCUUGAUUACCCGAGAAACCGCGCCGUCGUGCCGGGAGCACAGGGUGUGUUGCUCGAUGUUGGAUGGGGUUGUAUGUGGCAGAGGAUUAGGGAGUAGGCAGCACGCGCAGGCAGCAACGGUAGCAUCCAGGCUCCCGUACAGCCGCGUGCAUCCAGAUUGGCGGGCACGUGUGCGAAGCUAAGUGCGUUCAGAAUGAUUGGAUGAUAUUACCUGUGGUGUGUGUGGACUUGCCGAGGCCUCGACGUCGCCUGGAGAUUCUUGAGUGGAUAUGCCUACGGACGGGCGCCCACCCCGCGUUGGCGGGCGCUUGGCCGUUUAACAAGGGCUGUAGACGGCGUGGCAUGCGAGGCAGGUUCAUGGCCAUUAUGGCUCGAGGAGAUUUGCAUUCGUGACACCGCAUUGCGACGCGUGGUGAGUGUGUGUUGGGCACGCACGAAAUGCCGCCUCGGUGGGCUGUUCCGUGGGGCUGUUCGUAGGCAGGAACAAGGGACUGGUGCUGAUUGGCGGUGCAGCUACCCACCUGCCUUCAGUGCCCCUGCCUACGACGUGCGGAGUCCAACACACGCAAUAAAGGUAGCAUGCGCAGGCAUGGGCUGGAGAGAGAGAAGGCAGCCCAGCUUACAAUGUGUAUUGGUGAUGCAUUUGAGGGAGGAGUCAACCCCACCCCAGCGCAGCGGGCUCGCACGAGCCGGGCGAACGGGCGGUAACUCCUCCCUGUGACUGUCAGGAAAGACACACGAGCGGCUCCGUGCAAUGUGUGCUGUAAUCUUGCUUGACA